AUGGGAAAUGAAUGCAAGUGCUUACAAGCAUAUGAAGAACCAACUUAAACAUUGAUCACAAAGGGUGAGAGAUCAAGUGAAAUACAAAAAUAAUUAAUUAGCGAAAGAAAACUCUUAAAAUAAAGGAGACAUAAUACUGAAACAAUAUAUUAGUCAAACAAUAAUAAUAAUCAAAAAUCAUCAAAGCAAUCAUAGAGAAAGGAUGUCUAGGGUCAAAAUUAUUACUUUCAAAGUAUAAACUCUUAUAAAGAAUUUCAUUCUCUCUAAAACCCUUUUGAACUAAGUUAAUCAUUAUCACAUUAAAAAACAGAGUAGAAAAAGCCUUUUAUUAAUUUACUUUAUGAUGGAGAUUGGUUAGGAGAAGUUAGAGAUGGUUUUGGAGAAUAAAUUUGGAAAGAUGGGGCUAGAUAUAUAGGGGAGUGGAGAAACAAUUAAGCUAAUGGUUAUGGUAUAUUCUAUCAUGUUGACGGAGAUAUUUAUGAAGGAUUUUGGAAGGAUGAUAAAGCCUCAGGGUAUGGAGUAUACAUGCAUAAAGAUGGAUCAAGAUAUGAAGGGGAUUGGGAUUAAGAUCUCUACCAUGGAACUGGUUGCGAAGUAUGGGUAGAUGGGAGUAAAUAUGAAGGAUAGUAUUCAAAAGGUAUGAAAAAUGGAAAAGGAAUAUAUCGAUGGGCUGAUGGGAGUGUUUAUGAUGGAUAAUGGUAAGACAAUAAGAUGAAUGGCUUUGGCAAAUACACAUGGGCAGAUGGAAGAUAUUAUGAAGGGUAAUGGAAGAAUGAUAUGAUGCAUGGUACUGGAAUUCAAAUUUGGCCAGAUGGGAGAAAAUAUGAAGGAAAUUAUGAAUUUGAUAAACGAAAUGGUUUUGGUAUCAUGGAGUGGGGCAAUGGAAAACAAUACGAAGGCUAUUGGUUAAACGGUAAAUAGCAUGGUGAAGGUAAAAUAAUAAGUGCAAAUAAAGAAAUAUAAGUAUGCUAAUGGAGAGAUGGUUAGAGACUAUGA